UGGCUAACAGAGGAAGACUGUGCGGGACUGCUUGCCUCAGUGGCUGCCAUGGUGAGUGAGUGAGUGAGUGAGUGAGUGAGUGAGUGACUCGUUGGUUCUCGAUCCUCCUCGAACGCACACCCUCCCUCCCGUGCUAUCACAGACUUGCUGAGAUUGCCGCCAUCGCAGCCCGUGUUGAACCGUGUUCUCUUGUUCGAGUUGGCGCGCCCCUUGGUCUCCGCCUACCUACGCGCCUCCAUCGCGAUCCCAGCCUUCACAGAGCAGCCCACUUCCGUGAGUUUGGCCGGAUUCCCCACUCCGAGUGUGGACAUCAUCAUCAUCAUCAUCCAUCCGGCUCUUGGCUUGCUGGAUUGAAUCUCCUUUUGGUUGGUCCGUUGGUUGGCUUCAACUGCAAUUGAUUGCCGUGCUGCGUGUGUGUGUGUCUGUUAACUCGGUGUCCUGGUGGUAUUGAGAGCCCACCCAUUUCGUGACGCCGCCCGUUCCAUCGGCCCUCGAGCUCGAUACUUGUGUCCACACCUACCUAUCCACCCUCCUUACCACACUGCCAGUCAGUAUGACUGAACGCGAGGACAGCGUGUACAAAGCCAAAUUGGCCGAACAAGCCGAGCGCUACGAUGAAAUGGUGUCUUGUAUGAAAUUGGUGGCCUCCAUGGACGUGGAACUGACGGUGGAAGAGCGAAACUUGCUGUCAGUGGCCUACAAGAACGUGAUCGGAGCUCGUCGGGCCUCGUGGCGGAUCAUCUCCUCCAUCGAACAGAAGGAAGAGAACAAAGCGGCCGAAGACAAAUUGGCCAUGAUUCGCGCCUAUCGAGAAGCGGUGGAAAAAGAGCUGCGCGACAUUUGCAAUGACAUUCUUGUGGUUUUGGACAAGCACCUUAUUCCCUGCUCAGACACCGGCGAAUCCAAGGUGUUUUACUACAAGAUGAAAGGCGAUUACCACCGGUAUUUGGCCGAAUUUGCCACCGCCAACGAUCGAAAAGAGGCGGCUGAAAACUCGUUGGUGGCCUACAAAGCGGCUAGCGAUAUCGCCAUGCAAGAGCUCCCCACCACUCACCCCAUUCGACUGGGCUUGGCGUUGAACUUUUCAGUGUUCUAUUACGAGAUUUUGAAUUCACCUGACCGCGCGUGUCGUUUGGCCAAAGCCGCAUUUGAUGAUGCCAUCGCAGAAUUGGACACGUUGUCCGAAGAGAGUUAUAAGGACUCGACGCUCAUCAUGCAGCUGCUCCGGGACAAUCUUACGCUCUGGACCUCCGACAUGCAGGGCGAAGUGCCUUUUCCUGUAGAUGAAGCGGGAUCCGGAGACACUGACAAGAAGGAAGAAAAGGUUGAGGACGUUGAGAAUCCUAGCACUUAAACACGCCAGUACCAAAUCGUAUUAUUCAGUCGACUCCCAUUUGUUAUUAACCGUUUUCAAAAAAAAAGGUCUUUAUUUUAAAAUUCAGAUAACUAAGCACUCUCCUGACCAAUUUGAAUUACUACUAUUGUUAUCCUUUUCAUGCUCCCCCAUUUUCAAUUUCACCCAAUCAAUCUUGAUUAAUCGAUCCAGUUACCUGAUCCCGUCUUUGCUUCGGAAAAAACUGCUGGCAUGCCGUGAAGUCGAAUCCAAGUUUAGGUACUUCUUUUAUUUCUUCGAAACUGGGCCUAUUUAUUCUAAGACGGGCAAAUCUUCUUGGCCAUCAUUUCAUGAGGUCCACUUUUGAUUUCAACAAAAUUCCAUAAAUGAACUUUCAAAUUACAACAACGGGGUUGGAGCUGUAUAGAGCACAUGAUUGUAACCGACUCUCAAAGUCAGCAGUAUUCAUAAUUUAUAAGAUAAUUGAGUUUUCACCAAGAUGGACAGGAAUUCCACCUUCAAUAAUACAUUGAGGAAAAGAAACAAGAAAACGUUUGUAUUGAUGCAUGCAUGAUCCACAAUCGACAACUUUCCCCAACGUGUAUUAACAAGGCCCUUUCCACCUGGCAUGAAGAUGCAUUUUUAAACGAGCCUCUACAUCCAUCCACCCGCCUCAAUUCUACCUACCUACCCAAUUGCCAAUUCACCCCAUCACCAAAGUAAUCAAACAUCCCUCCUCGGUCCUUCGUAAUGCGUUUCUUCUGGUCAAGUGCUUUUUUCUGCCACGAUACACAAUUUAUGCUGGAAAAUAAAGCAACCUCUCUCAUGAUAA